AUGUGCAAAAGUCUCAAGCUUAUUAAUCUGUGUUUUGCGGAUGAUUUGCUUAUAUUUUGUAAGGGUUCUUUCCCAGCUGCUAGAAGUGUCAAGGUGGUUCUUGAUGAAGCUUCAGGUCUUUCCAUCAAUGCUGAAAAAUCUCAAAUCUUUUUUGGUGGAGUCUCUAGCUAUGAUAGAACUCGGAUUGCACUUGAAAUAAAUCUAUCAGAAGGUACCUUUCCGCUUAAGUACCUUGGGGUUCCCAUGAGGCCUACAAAAUGGAGACAUGCAGAUUGUGAGGUGAUAAUUCAGAAAUUUCGUUUAAAGAUACAGAACUGGGCGAGUAGACAUCUCUCCUUUGCUGGCCGGAUUCAACUUAUCAAUUCUGUAUUACUUGGGCUUCGAAACUAUUGGAUGACAAUUUUUGUUUUGCCUCAAAGCAUAGUUAAGGAAAUUGAAAAGAUUUGUAGGGGUUUUCUAUGGGGCACUUCUGGGCAGAGAACAAAGUAUGUUUGGGCUUUAUCUGCUAAACCAAAUUUGCUAUGGGUUAAAUGGAUCAAUUCCAUUUAUUUGAAAGGAGUCAACAUCUGGAAUUAUGAAUUGAAAGGAGAUUGUAGCUGGUAUUGGAGGAAGCUUUGUCGUCUCAAGGACCAUUUUAGACUUGCUGCAAUCUUAUCUGCUGGUGUACAAGGGAAGUUUCAGACUUCUCGUUUGUAUAAUAGUCUUUUGGUCCAACAAAGGGUUGAGUAUUAUAGGACUGUUUGGAGUAAACUAAUACUCCCUAAACACAGAUUUAUGCUAUGGCAGGUGGUUAAAUCUCAGCUUUUAACAAGGGACAAUCUCAGUAGGCUGCAUGUUCAUAUGACUUCAGUGUUAUGUCCGGUUUGUGAGAGAUGUCUUGAGAGUCAUUCUCAUCUAUUUUUUGAUUGCAGUCUCUCUACUCGUUUGGUUAAUAGCAUCUUUAAUUGGUUGGGGUUCGUUGCUUGGCCUCUAGAUUUUAAUAGCUGGAUGGUGUGGCUGGCUAGAGCUCGAAGUGGAGUUAAAUCUGAUAUUGUUAAUAUGGUUUUUGCUGCUGCCAUUUACAGUAUAUGGAGAAACAGGAAUAGAUGCUUUCAUGAUGGUUAUUCCUUAACUGUUAUGAAUCUAGUUCAGGAAGUUAAAUAUACAACUAAAUAUAGGCUAUACAUAGUGUCCAAUAGUCAGAAAUCGGUUCAAGACCAAAUGUAUAUUCAGCAACUUCAUUGUAAUUAG